GCGAGUGAGUGAGUCAAAUUCAGUAGAAGUAAAGCCGGCAGCAGCAGCGCGCGCGAGCCAACCGGUGCAGCAGCUCACUUGCAUCUAUCGACCACGAGGGCAUCAAUAACCGCACUGGGCUCUCCGAAUUUGAGAGGGACUCUUUUAUGAAACUGCGCCACAGUUGUUGUGAUGCCUGCUAGUCUGUUCCCCGAGAUGGACCGGAACGCCGGCGACAACGGUCUCGAAGACCAGCGGGCUCUGCAGCUCGCCUUCGAGCUCUCCAUGCUGGGUUUCAGCUCGCACUCGGCCGCCGAACAGGGCGACCAGAUGAACCAGGCGUACGCCGACGACUCUCGCAACAAGAAGAGCCAGAACAUGACAGAGUGUGUGCCCGUUCCUAGCAGCGAGCACGUCGCCGAAAUCGUCGGACGCCAAGGCUGCAAAAUCAAGGCGCUGCGUGCUAAGACCAACACGUACAUCAAGACGCCGGUGCGCGGUGAGGAGCCCGUGUUCGUGGUGACCGGCCGCAAGGAGGACGUGACCAAGGCCAAGCGCGAGAUCCUGUCGGCGGCCGAGCACUUCUCGCAGAUCCGCGCCAGCCGCAAGUCGAGCACACUGGCCAACCUGACGGCGACGGCCGGCGGCGCCACGCUUGCCGCGGCGCCCAACAGCAUGCCCGGCCACGUGACCAUCCAGGUGCGCGUGCCCUACCGGGUGGUGGGCCUGGUGGUGGGGCCCAAGGGGGCCACCAUCAAGCGCAUCCAGCACCAGACGCACACCUACAUCGUGACGCCGUCGCGCGACAAGGAGCCCGUCUUCGAGGUCACCGGCCUUCCGGAGAGCGUCGAGGCCGCGCGUCGCGAGAUCGAGGCGCACAUUGCCAUGCGGACGGGCGCCGGCGGCGGCCUGUUGGACGGCUCGGACACCUCGCCCCCCUCCAACGACGACGACCUCUUCUCCAGCUUCCUCAAGAACGGACUGAACGCGCUGGCGACCCGCUUUGCUGACGCCGCGCCGGCCCCGCCGCCGGCGCCGACGCCCUUCUUCCACGCCGACACCUCUGCGGCGCCGUUCUCCUCCUGCUCCAGCUCCAGCUCGACCUCCUCGACGUCCCGGCUGGCCGAGCUGACCGGCUCCAUCUGGAGUGGAAGCCACGACGAGGGGCUCGGCGAGUCGCCCUCCCUGGACAGCGCCGCCUCCAUCUGGAGCGACGUCAAGUUGGCGCCCCUGAUGGGCGGCGGUGGGCCCCAGCACGUCUUGGAGCACCUGCCCGCGCGGAGGGUGUCCUCGGACCCGCUGGCCCUGUCCGCCUCGCCGACCGACUCGAUGGGCUCGUUGUCCUCGGGCGGCGCUCGGCGCGAGUGCACCGUGUGCGGGGACAAGGAGAUCGCGGCCGCGCUCGUGCCGUGCGGCCACAACCUCUUCUGCUUCGACUGCGCCGAGCGGGUCAGCGAGCAGCCUGCGCAGUGUCCCGCUUGCCAGCAGCCAGUGCUGCAGGCCAUCCGCAUCUUCUCGUAAACACAACGAACGGCACCAGCCCGACGACGGACCGCCCAAAGCAAGCAAACCCCUCUUCUCACACUCUCAUGACAACCGACCGACACUUGUUCGUUCGUUUGAGAUGCUGAUUAGUAACUAUCGAUGAUGAUGAUGAAAGAUUGAUUUUUUACUACGCUUUUUAAUUGUGGAUUUAUAUAUAAUUAUUAUUAUUGAUUGAUUGAUUAUUGAUUAUCUUUGCUACGAUUAUUAAUUCUAUAUGAUUAUUAUAUAAUUAUACAAAAUAAGUUGAAUUACUCUCCUCUUGUAUGUUCGUAAGACAAAUUCAGUAAGUUCAACAAAGCAGUUUUCUGUAUUUUUGCCACAGACAGACACUCUUUAUAAUACUUACUAAGAUUAUACCGUAUAUAUUGAAUUGAGAAAGUAUUAUUACCAGACGACUUGAUGUUGAUUUUUGACGCGCGAAUCUUUGAGAGUAUUAUUAAUUCGGUUGAUUGGAGAUGAUAAAUAAUUAUUUAGAAAUGAAGAUGAAAAAUUUAGAACCUGCGCAGAUGAUGUUUUUUAUGUUAUUGGCCUGUUGUUUAUAUCAAUUCGUUGAAACUGCUUCUGCACAUACACAAAUUAAUGAUCAAUGAAUGAUUUCUCGCCAAAAGACUGUGUCGCGCGCCGCGCCGCUGACUCUUGCGGGGUGCGAGCCACCCCCCGAGCGAAAGCAGCCCCUCGGCCGGCCGGCCGGACGGACACACUCGCUAGUAAGUGAUCCCCUCUCUCCGUAGCUGACCUGAUCCGAAAAUAUUAAUAAAAUCUCACAAAGAACACACAUCUCAAUAAGGAAAAUUUGGUAAUUUAAAAAAAAAAUACACCCUUGAGCUAAGACUAUAGAGCAGUAUUAUCAUUAUCUCUAUCGCAUUCUAUUGAUUGGUUUUCGAUGAUAGAACAAAUUUUAACAUCGGAAUGUUACGAUUCUCUCCAAGUAGAAACAAAAUGUACAUAUUUUCAUUGACUCUAUAUUGAUUCUCUCGAUAUUUUAAAAAUGGAAAUAUAUUAGAGCAAAAACACAAUACAACAGUAUAUAAAUCAAAUUCGACCACAGAAGUUUGCGCCACCUAUCUCUGUAUCUCUAUUUAAUCUAUACUCUAUCUCUACCAAUAUCUAUAAUGUCAGAUGAUCCCCGUAGCGAUUCUCCUCCCUCCCGGAACACAUUUGAACGAACCAAACUAGAACGCAGCAUUCAGGGCUGUGAUUCCACGUAACUGCCAUUUGGGGGGCUACCUUUGGUUCUUUACAAAAAAAAAAAGAGAAUAAAGUAAAACAAAAUCGGUGAGCGAAAGUAUCGAAAGAAAGAGAGCUAGAACGAAAGUUAAAAUGCGAUUAACGAUAUUUUUGCGUACGUAUAUAUGUGUGCAUGUGCAAACAAAAUAAUGCGGACAUAUAUAGAAAACAAAUUAUAUAUUUUGAAAGUCUCUUGGCGCAUGAAACUUAAAACGAUGAAGAAAUCUAGCUGAAAACCAAAACACACACUCACACAGAAGAUACGAUGACUUUGAAAUAAUAAAUUAUUGCAUAUAUGAUAGAGUAAUAAACAUAAUUGCAGGGAAGUAUUGAUAUAAUUAAUUGAAAAAAAAAGAAAUAAGAGAGAAAAACCACUCACACACACAAACACACAAUACACACACUUGUAUUGAAGUCAUACGGAUUCUGGAGUAAAAAUAAUUAAAUAUGCCAUUCCUCUCGUUAUUUAUGAUACAACAUUAGCAUAACUUAAGGCAAAUUAAAACAUAUCCCUUGUUAGCUAGGAGAAAAGAUAAUAAAAAUAAGAAUAAAAGAAAAAUAAAAAGAAGUUUGAUGAUGAUGAGAUGAUGAUUUGUUAUAUUGGUGAAUGCCGAAAAAUUAAUUAAUUGAUGAGAUGCAAGUUUAUCAACUAUUUAUUCUGUUUUUUGUGAUAUAUAAAUUUACGUAGCCAUAAGUGAGUAUUGAUUGACACAUUAUUUUCACAAAUUGAUUAAUCAGCCAAUUGGAAACGGGCAAGAAAUAAUAACUAAUAAUGAAAUACCCUCGUCAUCAAUCAAUCUAUUAACCAUUUUAUGAUUUCACAAGUUUGCUUCUACUUUUUUUGUGUAUUUUAUGAGAAGAGAUAAUACCAAAUACAGUCAGCUAAUUUAUUAAUUUAUUUUUUGUCACUAUUAUUAUUUUUAUUGCGACGAUUGUUUGUGAGACACACGCGUACACACAACAUACACACACAUGUAAAUUGAAGACACACACACACACACAUUUCUCACCUUCACGCGUACACUUUUCUGCAAAAAUGUGCAAACAACAGCAUGGCCGCCUGGAGGCAUCUCCUUAUAAAGCGCCUGCCUCCCCUGAGUAAUGACAGACAGACAGUGUUUACUAUAUGUAUUUUGCGACUUCUAUUUACAUGGAAACGUUGAGAAAAACUUGGAAAAAAAGAGUAUCUAAUUAUUAUGAAUAUAUGCCGCUGCCGUAUUUUUUGUUUUUUGAUUAUUGUUUGUGUUCAUGAUCAUUGUUAUUGCUCAAUGAGGAUUAUUCGGUGCAACAAACUUGCAAUAAGAUAUGAACUAACCGUAAAUACUCCUCGAAUCUCAUAGGAUCGUAAUGGAAAGCUGCUUUUUUGUCUCUCAUAGUACGUCUCUAAUAAUAUAUUAUAUAUGGAUGGAAAAAAAUGAAGAAAUACUUUAACCUUUGGAAGAUUUCUAAAAUGCGAUUGAGGAAAAGAGAUGGAUCGUAACAAAAAGAAUGUCAUUUUAGUGUGUGCCACAGCGGCUAAUCAAGCUGACUCUCAAUUCGGCUAGCCGCAUCGUGCCUAUUUCUCGUCGAGCAGAAUAUUUUAUUACUUUUGUGUGCUAAUAUAAAUGACGAAACUCAAAAGUAAUAAGGAUAAAAAAGCAACCCUUUAUAUUUUUUUCUAUGAUAAUGAUGAUAAAAAUGUAUUUUUUAUUUUUUACACAUUGAAGAUCUAAAUAAUAAAGGUAUAUAAUUAAGGUAUGCAUAUAUAUGUGUGUUUUUCCAACAACUGAUUGUGUAUGAUGAAAUGAAAGAAGAAGAAAACAAACAAAACCAACCAAAAACCAAGUGGUAUUUAAGCAGUUUUUUAACGAGACCAGCGGAAAGAUUAUAAUAUGUCUCCCACCUUAAGUUUGCACAACGUUUAUAAAGAGUGAAACAAAAACAUUUAAUAAUAAAUAUAAAAUACCUUGAUGAAAAUGAGAUUUUACGAAGAAAAAAUGACAAAAAUCUAGAGUUGAAGUUAGUUUUUCUAUUUUAAAAUAUGAUACAUAUUUAUGCAAUAGUCCGGCGGCGGCGAUCGGUGGCCGGCCGCGCCCCCCACGCCCCCGCCGGCCCCCUAUGAAAUGAAGAAAAUCUAAUAAUUGCUAAUCGCAGAUGAUUGUAGUUCUUUAUUAAUGGAUAAAUAAAUAGAAAUAAAAAAAAACUUGUAACUUGUAAGUCUGUUAUUUUAAUAUCUUCUCUCUUUGAAUUUUGCCCUGUAAUUUAUUAUUAUCAAUCUAUACCAUAUAAGAGGAACAGAAUGAAGUAAAAAGUUGAAAAAAGUCUCAGUGCGAGUGGGGGCCAAGGCGCGGCGCAAAAGGGGGCUCGGUCACCCCUUGCGCGCUCAGCCACCCCCGCCGCAAGGGAAAAAAUCGAUGAAAAGAUUCUCAUUUCUAUUGUGUGUUUGUAAAGUAAAAUGCAAGCGAGUCGUUUGUUUCUCACCAUACGCUGUAUGAACAAAAAUCCAAUGUUGCUGAGGAGAAUGUCUUAAAAUCAUCUCCCACGUGUUUCUGGUCUGUUGAUGCGUGCGUGCCUGCCUGUGAAUGUUGGUCAGAAAAUUUCCGGAGAAUUUUUCGAGUCGUUUCUCGAGGCCUAAGCGCAUUCCUGCAAAUACUAUGAGACAGGCCAAAGAGAAGAAAAGUGUCGCUUUUCGCUGCUGCUUUCCUUGCAAAAUAAAAAGAACGAAUGACAUUCGCAAAAACGGCACUUCGGGCGGGCGUUUGUCUUUUCAAAAAAGCCGCCCGUCUUCUUGGCCGCGAUUUGUUUCCCAAUCAGAAUACGUUUUUGUAAAACACAGCAACAAUAAUUACUCUAGAGCUGUAAUCAAUGGAGCUUCUUUUUGUUUGGUAGUCUGGCCAUUUGAUAUAAUAUAGUAGAAAGGAUAAAACGUAUUGAGCGCGGUAAUUAAAUUACCGCAGCGCGCUGCCCGGAGCUGAAUUCGCUCGGACGACUCCUGGUCUAUAUAAUAAAUAAUGUAGAAAUUAAAAGUUUCUCACUAUUCUCUGCUUUUCCGAUCGCCAAACGAACCAAGUCUGCCAAACAAACGGGCCUAACGAGAGUCGGCCGGCGAAUUUUGCGACUGGGCACGCGUCCAUUCCUCCCAUUUUUUGAUAAUAAUAUAAAUCGUGCUUUGUAAUUAUAUAAACACGGCGCCAUUUUUCGACGACAAGAAAUUUCCAAAAAAGUAUCGCAUUGUCUCUCUAUCUCUCUCUUUCUCACACACACGCAUACAUAUAGCAAUACAAUCACUCAUAAAAUAUGAUCAAAUAUUAAUUAUCUCUUAAAAAGUUGUAUUAAAAUCGAGUAAUUUGUAAGAUUAAAAACACACGCAGACGUAGCAAGGGUAUUUAAAAGUAUAUUAUAUAUAUUGAGAGAAAUAAUAAAAAUUGCUUGUGGAAAUUUGAAACCGCGGCAGCCGUAAUGUGAGUUAAGGAAGGAAAUUCUAGACAAGGGUUUGAAGUGCUUAAGCGACGCAUUGCGCAAAUAAAUACACGUUGAAUUAUAUAUUAUAUAUUGAUGAGCAAAAAAUUAUCAUUUUCACUGAAAUGCAGGUAUCCAAGUAUUAUAUUAUAUAAUUACCGAAAUAUUUAUUGAAAUAAUUGUAAGAGAUGAAAAACUCUCAGACGAGUCCUGAAUUGGACUUAGCUCCCGAAUUCCAGACAUAUGCAAAUUUAAAAGACUUACACACAAAAACUGAGGAAGAGAAUCGAGCGCAAAAUUGAGAUAUAUUUAUUGAGUUUGAGCAAUUUGCUAUUUUUCCACAAACGGGAAUUUGCAAACGUGUGAAUGAGAGUGUUUCGUUUGUGAAUUUGUAAACUUUUUUUGUUUCCCGCCUCAAUCCACUCUGAUGUGCAACAUUCCCUUUUUUCCGGAGAAAACCCAAUUAAGAUUUUGCUGUCCUGAAAAACUCUUUCGUAACGAAACAGGAGGGUUGAAAAUGUUGAAGCAAAAAACACGUGACAUGCACCUCAAGAGUAUUUUUCUCGACACUUCUCGAUAUUAUAUAGAAAAUCAAUUCCCCGUGUUUGUUGUUUGAUGAAUUUAUACUACUACUACUACUACAUAAAUUUAACAUAUAUAUUGAAAAGGAUUGUAGACGUUUUUAAUAUCGAUUCAUAUAUUUUCUCAUAAUUUUUCUAUAACUCUAGCUGUAAUUCAUGUAACUUUGUUGUUCUCAGAAAAUAUUGCAUUGCAAACAAAUUGCUGGAAAUUAAAAAAAGGGUUGGAACAAGUUCCAGGCAUUUGAUUAAUAUAACUUGGAAUAACUUGAAAUCAACUUGGAAAAAUAAUCGAAAGAUCUACUAUUGUCCUCCAAAGAAUCGAAAUUCACUUGAAAGACUUAAAACGAAAGUAAUAAGAGAAGCUAAUUUUGCAAUUUGAUACAAUUCCUCUUUACCAAGGCUGCUAAAUUUGAGACGCAAGAAGCUAGAAGUGACGGUUAAGAACUCAUGCUCUGGAUCCGUAUUUAAAGAAAAAUAACUCCAAACCUGACGUUCGAAAAUCGUGUAAAAUUGCUCCAAAAUUUUGAAAGUGUAUUUCUUGUGUUGCAUGGUUGGAUGUUUAUUAGUGUAUUCAAUUGUGAUAAAGGAAAAUCAUGUUUUUUGGACGAGAAAAAAUUUUGGAAACAAAAAAAAAUAACACUCACACACACAGACACCUAAUUAAGUAAUGAAUUAAUUGAACCAGUCUACUUGCUCAACGCCAUACCUCCCAAAACCCCUACAACAUAUUAUAAAUAAUAUUCGUUAGACGUCCUGCCAAGUGAUAAAAACCAAAGCGUUACACUCCCACAAAAUUAUACCAAUAAAUGCACAACCGGAUCGCGCAAGUCGGUUUAAAUAAUUAAUCUAAUUUUAACUUGAAAAAAAUAUGACAAAUCCUCCUUUUCAAGCACGGCAAUUAAAUUUUAUUAUUUUUCUACACCUGCAAAAGCAACCGUUUAAUAAUUAAUAUUAUUUUUUAUAUCUACUGAAAAGCCUGCUGGAUGUAUAAAGAAGUGCCGUCUUUUUCUAAAUAAUGACUCGCAACCCCUUUGGAUACUUAUUAUUUUUUCCACCCUCCCUGUCAGCAUGCACGCAAACCACUCUCGCCCCCUAUCCGUUAUUUUAGCCGGUGGUGCGUCAUUCGUCUCUUUUUUUCCGAUUCUCCCCACAGCUGGAUAAAAAUCGCUCAAAAUAAAUAAUACUCUUUGAACACUGCACCCCCUAAAGUCAACGACCUUCGACCGCUUUGACCCCAUUUUUGAGUAUGGAAUUUCCAAAAUUCCAGUCAAUAUUUUCUAUCCUAAAAGCUUGCAAUAAUGAAAGGCACUCUUCAUCUUUUAUCAAAAAAGUCUUUUUCUGCUAAAAUUCCUUCACCAACUUUGAUGGGAAAACUUUUUAGUGAUUCGAUGGAACAAGUAAAAAUUCUGCACUUAACUGAAGGAGGGUUUUCGCGAAUUUCUGAGCUAAAACGCAAAACUAAAGCAAGAGCAACUAAAAACCAAAAUAUCUAAAUCUUGAAAAACACCUUUCGGCCUGCUAGCAAACAAUGAACCAAAAAGUGCCAAGUUUUUUGCAAAACCACAACAAAAGGGUAGCGACAUAAGCCAAAAACUCUCUGUCUAGUGAAAGAAGAAAAACAUUAGUAAGGCCUGGUGCCUUCGAAAACGUUCAUCGAAUUUCCAUCAAAUCACGCGACAUGAAAACCCCCGAAUUUCCCACGGCAGAGCUUUUAGUUUUGAUAGGAGUUCUAAUUAUUGACUGCUGCAUCGAAAUUUUCUAUCAAUUUGCUAUCAUCACAAUAAACAACAGCAACUCAAAGGGGAGCUUUAUUUGCGUGUCUGAGUGAGUGCGUAACAUAAAUUAAAUAUAUAUUUAUCUUCAAUGAAAAAUCCAAAAAUAAUAAUGGGAAAAUUAUGUAUAUUUAUUAGAGAGAAUUUUAAAUACUGUGUGUGUUUCCACGUAAUAAAUUUUUCAGUGUGAUUGUGCGUAAGAUAAUCUCGAUCCUGCAUAUUUAUCACCGUGAAAAGAAAUUUAAUUACAAACCCAGCAGCAAAAAAAAAAAAUGCAAA